UGUCCACAGUCAUGCAGACAUUCAGCCCCAUUAUGCAUUUUGGAUAAUUUGAACUAUGGAGGAAAUGUAAGAAGUUAUACUCGAGGAAAAGAAAUCUGAUAGGGAAAAAUUAGAACUUUUUCUUAAAAAUGAACAGCUAAUGAGGUUUAACAAGAAUAUGUGUAGAAUCCUGCGCCUGGGAAGGAACAAGACCAUGCAUCAAUACAGAUUAGGAGCUGAGCUGAUAGAAAGCAGCUCUGUGGAGAAGGACCUUGGAGUCCUGGCAGACAACAAGUUAUCUGGGAUAGCAAUGUGUCCUUGUGGCAAAGAAGGCCAAUGGUAUCCUGGGUGCAUCAAUAAGAGUGUGUCCAGCAGGUCGAGGGAGGUUCUCCUUCCUCUCUGCUCUGCCGUAGUGAGACCCCACCUGGAGUACUGUGUCCGGUUCUGGGUUCCCCAGUUCAAGAGGGACAGGGAUUUACUUGAGAGAGUCCAACAGAGGGCUACAAGGAUGAUUAAGGGACUGGAACACCUGUCUUAUAAGGAAGGGCUGAGAGACCUGGGACCGUUCAGUCUAGAGAAGAGAGGACUGAGAGGGGAUCUUAUUAAUGUAUAUAAAUAUCUGAAGGGUGGGUGUCAGUAAGGAGGGGCCAAUCUCUUUCCAGUUGUGCCCUGUGAUAGGAUGAGGAGCAGUGGAUGCAAGCGAGAACACAGGAAGUUCCAUCUCAACAUGAGGAAGAACUUCUUUCCUGUAAGAGUUACAGAGCACUGGAACAGGCUCCCCAGAGAGGUUGUAGAAUCUCUUUCUCUGGAGACUUUCAAGACCCGUCUGGAUGCAUUUCUGAGUGAUCUGCCCUAGAUUCUGUGGUUAUACUGCCCCGGGGGGUUGGACUCGAUUUCCAGAGGUCUCUUCCAACCCCUAACAUUCUGUGAUUCUGUGUCAUGUUACAGUCAUAUCCUGAGCAAUAUCUGGAAUUUUGAGUACAGUAAAAUUUCAUUAUUGAAACAGAAGAAUUAGAAACUGCAACUUAGUUUGUGGGUAUGUCUUAUGUUACAUUUAUAAACCUACAGAAAAUUAUAAAAACCACUAAGAAAAUAUUUUGCUUAUUUCAGUUCUUUACCAGCAGAUUUAAGAAAACUAAGGGAAGAUGUCUUUUUUCCCCAAAAUCUCUUUCCAACGUGAAGUUGAAGAGUAUCUCAUCAAAGUUUUCAGAAAUCAUGAGCUUGUCACUGCUUUAGGUACACAGGAGGUGGAGAGUAAAUAUCAGUCACUGUUAAGUCAUCUAUCUCAUCCACCAGCUUUCACAACUGUUAGAGUUAAUACCCGCUUGGCCUCGGUGAAACAUGUGAAAAAAUUGCUGUUUGAAGAGAUCCAGAAGCAAUUCAAAGGACUAUGUGUUCCAGUUCUUGAGCACCCAAAACUCCAGGACAUCUUAUUAAUUCCUGUCAUUGGACCCAGGCGAGAUUUAAAAAAACAUGCAUCUGAAGUCAUUGUUGGAGCCCCCUGUGGAUAUGCAGUACUUCGAGGAGCACAUGUUUAUGUCCCUGGCAUCACAUCUACCUCAAAAUUUAUGAAAGCUGGAGAUCUGGUCUCAGUAUAUUCAGAUAUUGAAGGGAAAUGUAAAAGAGGAGCCAAAGAAUUUGAAGGAGUCAAAGUUUUCCUUGGAAAUGGGAUUUCAGAACUGAGUCGCAGUGAAAUCUUCAGUUCAAGCAGCCCGUUGAAUGGAAUGGGUGUAAGAAUGGUAGAGCCAGUCUACCUUAGUCCUUCCUUUGACAAUGUGCUCCCUAAUAAUUUGUUUUUACAGAACUUGCCUUCUGUGGUUGUGAGCCAUGUUUUGAACCCUCAACCAGGAGAGAGAAUUUUGGAUAUGUGUGCUGCACCUGGAGGAAAAACAACCCAUAUUGCAACAUUAAUGCAUGACCAGGGUGAAGUAAUAGCCAUGGACAAGAUAGCUAAUAAGGUCAAAAAAAUUAAGCAGAAUGCUGAAUUGCUGCAGCUGAAUUGCAUUAAGAUAUUUUGCUAUGAUGGAACAAAGGCACUUUCAGUUGAGAAGAGAGAGGAUGAACAAGGACCUCCAUUCUUACCAGAGUCAUUUGAUCGAAUUCUUCUCGAUGCUCCAUGUAGUGGGAUGGGACAGAGACCAAACAUGGCUUAUUCCUCUACUUUAAAGGAAGUGACCUCUUACCAGCCACUACAGCGCAAGCUUUUCACUGCGGCAGUGAAACUGCUGAAGCCUGGAGGUGUUUUAGUAUAUAGUACGUGUACAAUCACACUCUCUGAAAAUGAGGAGCAAGUUGCUUGGGCCCUGAAAACUUUUCCGUGUCUCCAGCUUCAGCCACAGGAACCUCAUAUCGGAGGUGAAGGCAUGAGAGGAGCUGGACUGUCACUUGAUCAGUUGAAACUGCUGCAGAGAUUUGACCCAUCUACUGUGACAUUGCAAGGAAUGGAUAUCGAUUCUUUGCAAGAUUCCAGGGAAGAUGAUCUAAUUUCACUGGCAAAUAAGGACUGUAUAGGAUUUUUUAUUGCAAAAUUUAUUAAACUGAACAGUAAAUAAGCAUUUAGGAAUGCAACCUGAAAAAAUACCUCUGUGAGUCGAAGAACAGCUCAGACGUGAAGUGUGUUUUUUCCUGCUGCAAUGUUGCCAAGCCAACCGGCUGACGGCAGGGUUGCUAUGGCAGCAAUAAAAUCUGCCAGCUGUUCUGCUGGGAAGGAGCCACAGGUUGCAGAAAGGAAGUCAUGGUUGGGGGAAGGGCAGUAUCAUUUUUAAGUCUCCAUUUGCUUUUGUAUUUACAGUAGGUCAGUGCACGAAUUACAAGUCUGUUCACUUAUACUGCUGCCUGUUUUACCUCAUGUGAGUCACUUAUCUAGUGCAGCAAGAGUAGGGACAGUUUCUCUGGGAGGGGCAGUAAGCUACUUUAUGAAAUGCAAACAUAAAUAAAGAGAUGGAAAUUAUUUUGAAUUCUGAAAAAGGUAGUUUCUACGGGUUUACCAAUAGUUAAUGCUUCAUUAAAUAGUGCUUCACAAAACAUUGUAACAUUUUACAAAGAACUGGUUUAUAAAUUGAAACUUAGAACCUCAUUUCUCUUUUAUUUUAAUACAAGCAAGAUUCUCUGUACACAUAGUAUAUACACAAAAUACGAUUAGGCUUUUUAGCAUGUCUUUUAUAGCAGCAUGAAUAUAUUAAACCAUCUCACUCUGGGAAUGUAAAUAAAUACUAUUUCAACAUCAAACUUCCCAUGCAUAAACUGUAUUGGUUCUGAAGUAGCCUGUUGGAUUGGCUGACAAGUGACAAUUUUAAAAUCAAACAUUUGCAACAGAAGGGGCUACAGUUGUGAUUAAUAUAUCAAAAGACAGAAAACAAUGCAUAAUACCAUCUGAAAUGUUGCAAAUCACCUUUCAAACAGCUAAGAAUAUUAACUCUUCAUUAGUUAAAAAGCAUCACCAGCUAAAAUCAUAUGAAAACAGAAACUGGGGGAGCAUGCUAAUGGAGAACUUACUUAAUACACUGCUCAAACUUUGAAUAAUCUAUUUUUAAAAAUGUGUUAGAUGUAUUUGAAAAUUCUGCUUCAGUUCCAGAGAUAUUCUCUGUUUGAACAGUAUUCCCUUUUCUUAAUUUUGCUGAUGGAAAAGGUAAGUACAAUUCAGAAAUGUAAGCUGACAUCUCUGUGUGUUUGUUUUUUUCCUCUCAGUCAUCAAUUUCCAGUUUUUAAAAACAUUAUCUGAAAAACACCUGUCUUUUCAUACAACUAUUUGAAUUUUUAAAACCUACAAUUUUUAUAAUUUGUAUUUAGACUGUCAGAAGUGCUUUUGUAUUUGCUUGCAAUCAAAACUAUUUAUACAAUUUUGUUUCUCAGUAGUCUGGUUGUUUACUUCGAUUUGCUAUAAAUGUUCUGAUACUGUAUGUUUUUAAAUAAAACAAAUGUCCCUUCUGUUCUGCCAA